AAAUCUCCCUGGAGCCUGGAGCACCCCUAGGAGAGUUGGAGGAGAGCCCCUUCUCCAAGAUUGGUCCUUUCCUCUUGAGGCACAACCGGCCAGGCUCAGGCAGUCUUUGCCCGGGCAGUCCUUGAAGUCUAUAUUUAGUGCCCGCCACCCCUCCCCCAGCGCUGGGAGGGGCGCGCCCCGCCCCCUCCGGGCUCAAGUGUCCGGUGUGUUUGCAGCCCGUGCGGCUCGCGCUUUGGCGCUCGCUGCCGCCCUGCGCCCCUAACCCCUCGGGGGCGUCGUGGGCCAACAUGGGCCUGGAAGAGGAGCUGCUGAGGAUCGCCAAAAAGCUGGAGAAGAUGGUGGCCCGGAAGAAGACGGAAGGGGCCCUGGACCUUCUGGAGAAGUUGAACAGUUGCCAGAUGUCCAUCCAGCUGCUCCAGACUACCAGGAUCGGAGUCGCCGUCAACGGAGUUCGCAAGCACUGCUCAGACAAGGAGGUGGUGUCCUUGGCCAAAGUCCUCAUUAAAAACUGGAAGCGGCUGCUGGACUCCCCCAGAACCACCAAAGGAGAAAGAGAAGAAAAAGAAAAAGCAAAGAAGAAAGAGAAAGGACUUGGCUGUUCAGACUGGAAACCAGAAGCAGGCCUUUCUCCACCAAGGAAGAAAGGGGGGGAGAAGCCCAAAACCAGGAAAGACUCUGCAGACUCCAGGUCACCCACCACCUCCUCUCCCAAAAGGCCUUCGCUGGAAAGAUCCAACAGCAGCAGAUCCAAAGAGGAAACUCCCAAGACCCCCAGCAGCCCCUCAACUCCCACCUUCGCCCCCUCUGUCUGUCUCCUGGCCCCCUGCUAUCUCACCGGGGACUCUGUCCGAGACAAGUGUGUGGAGAUGCUGUCAGCCGCUCUGAAGGCAGAAGAUGAUUUCAAGGACUAUGGAGUCAACUGUGACAAGCUGGCCUCGGAAAUAGAAGACCAUAUCUAUCAAGAACUCAAGAGCACAGACAUGAAGUACCGGAACCGGGUGCGCAGCCGCAUCAGCAACCUGAAGGACCCUAGGAACCCAGGCCUGAGGAGGAACGUGCUCAGUGGGGCCAUUUCUCCAGAGCUCAUUGCCAAGAUGACAGCAGAGGAAAUGGCCAGUGAUGAGCUGAGGGAGCUGAGGAACGCCAUGACUCAGGAGGCCAUCCGUGAGCACCAGAUGGCCAAGACGGGUGGCACCACCACUGACCUCUUGCGGUGUAGCAAAUGCAAGAAGAAGAAUUGUACCUAUAACCAGGUGCAGACACGCAGUGCCGAUGAGCCCAUGACCACCUUUGUCUUGUGCAAUGAAUGCGGGAACCGCUGGAAGUUCUGCUGACUGGAACCGCCGGCCAGGAUGGCAGAGGAUAAGCUGAGGAAGACCCGGCAGAAAGCACAGACCACGUGACCCGGAGCAAAAAUAAAAAUUCAAAUGAAGGAAAA